GCAAAAUAUCGUCGAAGAAAUACUACCGGUGUAGUGGAAUGUGAUAAAAUUGAUUGGAAUUUAACAGCAAAGUGAUCCAUGUUUAAGUGUGGUGAUAUUCACUUUAAAAAGAAAGAGGUCUAUUUGGGAGUCUCGUUGAUGACUGGACUUUUUCUGUCUGCAACUUUAUUCAACGACUUCGUGGCGUACUUGGAAUUUGAGAUGCCCGAACACACGACGCAGGGUUUCACCUUUGCCAUCAUGCUUAUCAACUUGAUUUCCUUCAAAAUGGCCAUCCUAGCCUUCAUCUAUAACUGUUUAGCUAUGAAAUGUAUCGCAAAGCAAAUAUCAGCUGUGUCAAUAGCGUGGAACCUGGUUUUAUUUAUUGUGAGAAUAUCAUUGGACCUAGCGCUCAUCGAGUACAGACAGGAAGGGUACGCCGUGGAAUGAAAUGAAAAGGAAUUUUCACGGAGUAUUCCAAGAAAGUAGCGUGGCGCCAAG